UUCCUCCCACCCAAAGGCCAGGUUUGCUCAGAUGCUUCGAGGGUGCGGAGACGACGACUGCUCGCCGCCGGAGAAGCUGAGCAAACAUCUAAAGAUGGUGCCUGGUGGAAGAAAGCAUUCUGGGAAAUCUGGGAAGCCUCCAUUGGUUGAUCAGGCUAAAAAAGUCUUUGACUUUGAGAAAGAAGAUAAAGAUCUGUCUGGAUCAGAAGAAGAUGUUGGUGAUGAAAAGACUGCAGUAAUUGAUAAACAUGGAAAGAAAAGAUCUGCAGGAAUAAUUGAAGAUGUGGGAGGUGAAGUACAGAAUAUGCUGGAAAAAUUUGGAGCUGACAUCAACAAAGCUCUUCUUGCCAAGAGGAAAAGAAUAGAAAUGUAUACCAAAGCUUCUUUCAAAGCCAGUAACCAGAAAAUUGAGCAAAUUUGGAAAACACAACAAGAGGAAAUACAGAAGCUUAAUAAUGAAUAUUCUCAGCAACUUAUGAGUAUGUUGCAGCAGUGGGAACUGGAAAUGCAGAAAUUUGAGGAACAAGGAGAAAAAUUAACUAAUCUUUUCCGACAACAACAAAAGAAUUUUCAGCAGUCUAGAAUUGUUCAGAGCCAGAGAAUGAAAGCAAUCAAACAGAUACAUGAGCAGUUCAUAAAGAAUUUGGAAGAUGUGGAAAAGGCUAAUGAUAAUCUAUUUACUGGCACACAAAGUGAACUUAAAAAAGAAAUGGCUAUGUUGCAAAAAAAAGUUAUGAUGGAAACUCAGCAGCAAGAGAUGGCAAAUGUUCGAAAGUCUCUUCAAUCCAUGUUAUUCUGAUGAGUCUUUGAAGAAAGAACUUGAACCUAUGUAAUAUGAUACAAUUAAAACAUUAGCUAAGAGGCAUGCCUAAUUAUAGUUUAAACUAUAAUAUCCAAAAUCAUUAGCUUGUUUAAGUGGAAGAUUUUUGUUCCUGUUAACUU